UAAGGUGCUCCGUGCAUCAAGCCUCAGUCCAACAUCAUUUGCGUUCAACUGCGUGCGGUCACUGUCUCAGCCGCAUGCAUCCAGAGACGUGUCGGUCCGUGCUGCUGCUGCAGCGGGGACUGCUGCUGCUCCUGCUGCUGGUCCUGCUGCAGCUGGGAGGCCAGGGGGAGGCGAGGCCGGCGAGGUCUGCGGAUGGAACCCAGACGCGGAGAGGUGUGGACGAGUGGAGGCGCGCACAAGAGGUGAUGCUUUGAGAUCCCCUUACCUUGGGGCGUCAAGUCAAAGGUUGAGUGCGUGUUCAUUGUGCUUACUUGCUACUGCCAAUGCAGUAUCACGAGAAAAAAGUGUUCAAUAUCUAAGUUAAAGACUAUUUAAUCAUUUAUCGCUCUCGGGCUCUCCUGAAUCGAGUCUUGAGGCUCGGUAAAGGCUUCGCAGAAAUUAAAAACAAACUUGACGUCUUAUGCCCUGUGUCCCAUACAACAUGCAGGUGCUUGGAGAACGUGACCUCGAGCUGCACGAUGACGAAUAUGAGAUGGCCUCAUCGCUCUCCAAUGCUUUUGGCUUUGACGAUGGAGACGCCAAUCGUAGAGACCUUUGGAGUGGAGACCUCUGGAGCGAAGGCUCCUCGGAUGAGUCGCAGAGACACGCUCAGCCCAGCCCUGUGAACGGUGACUCAAGCUUUGUGGUCGAGGAUUUGACCGUGAGCCAACCUGGCUACUGCGGGGUCCCCAACCCAAACUCCUUCUCCUUAUACCCAUCCCGAAACAAAUGGCUCAAGAAAAAUCUGACUUACAGGUUCGUGAACUACCCAUCGGGGAUGAGCAGGGAGAGGGCCGAGGACGCGUUGGCGGAGGCGUUCGACUUGUGGAGGUCGGUGUCGACGCUCACCUUCCAAAUGCUGCGGGAGGGUGAGGCGGACAUCAUGAUCUCCUUCGAGCGGCGCUAUCAUGGGGACGAGUUCCCGUUUGACGGACCGCACGGGGUGCUCGCGCACGCCUACGAGCCGUCCCCUGGACUCGGCGGAGACUUGCACUUUGAUGACGAAGAACAGUGGAGCGUCGGCCUCAUCGGUGCGUCUGGCUGCAGCUGUUCAACGUCUGCUUGCGAUAGGGGCCUCGGAAGUUGGGCGUAUAAUCAGAAACCAAAAAGACACCCGGGGCUUAAUUUUUCACUUGUGUGUUUCGAGAACGCAACGAGAUUGUUUUUUAAGUCGGGAAUAUUGCUCGCUGUAGGGCACUGCCACUAGAGUACAAGGGGCGCCUAUCCGUAAUAAUAUUGUAUUAUGGCACCAUAUAUACUUCUAAUUCUUUGGGAAGGGUUAUAAAAAAUAUAUCACACACGGACUUGCCGAAAUGGAUGUGGCGUGCCAAAAUAAUCCCUGGAACAAAAUUUUAUAUCGUGUAGGCUGAAAUUCAAUACGGCUAAUGACACGUGGAGUGGAUUGUAUGUGGGAUGCCGAAAAUAAUGCUUAUUCUGAAUACCUUUUCAUAUAAAUUGUAUGAUAUACUGCGUAUAAAACACUCAACACAUUUAUCAAUAACACUGUAGCC